AUGCCAUUUUUGGCCUCCACCAACCUCCCCCUCGUUUUCCGCGCCUCCAGCCGCCUCCCUCCUCGAAAUCCGGCGCCGGCCACCUCCCCGCCGCCAAGUGGCGCGCCCCCACUGGUCUCCGCCGCCACAGCCAGCGCCCCGGGCCAAUCGGAGCCGGCCACGUCGCCUCCCCCACGUCUCCAGCCGCCAGGCCCGUGCCAGGCCCGCUCGGGCCCUGAUCUGGGCUCCGAGGCCCGCAACCAGCCCGAGCGCCCCGCUCCCUCCACCGCCGGCCGGCUCUCGUCGCCGAUGCUCGACACCGCCGCCUCGCGCCUCCCGCCGGCAACCCCGGCAGCCCCGCCGAGCCUCCUCCGCCGGCAGGCCAGCUCCGCCGCCCCUCCUCUCCGUCUCCAUGCCUCGCCCUAA